GUUGCCCUCGAAUCCCCGCCGCCCAGGCUGUGGCUGGAAGCCGAGCGCCGCGUCUUUCUGCUUCCCCACCCGGGGUCUGGGGACAUGGCCAGCAGGGUGCUCAAGCUCGCUUCGUGGACCGGCGUGGCUCUCGCCGCCUCUGGCGUCUGCCUCUACAGCAACAAGUGCUUGGACCCCAACGACUUCGGUGCUGUCAGGGUGGGCCGAGCAGUGGCCACGACAGCUGUGAUCAGUUACGACUAUCUUACAUCCCUGAGGAGUGUCCCCUAUGGCUCAGAGGAAUACUUGCAGCUUCAAUCCAAGGUACACCUCCGCUCUGCCAGGCGCCUCUGCGAGCUCUGCUGUGCCAACCGGGGCACGUUCAUCAAGGUGGGCCAGCACCUGGGGGCUCUGGACUACCUGCUGCCGGAAGAGUACACCAGCACGCUGAAGGUGCUGCACAGCCAGGCCCCGCAGAGCAGCAUGAAGGAAGUGCGCCAGGUCAUCCGCGAGGACCUGGGCAGAGAGAUUCAUGAUUUGUUCCUGAGCUUUGACGACACCCCUCUGGGAGCGGCCUCCCUGGCCCAGGUCCACAAGGCCGUGCUGCGUGAUGGGCGGACGGUGGCUGUGAAGGUCCAGCACCCAAAGGUGCAGGCUCAGAGCUCGAAGGACAUUCUUCUGAUGGAGGUGCUUGUCCUGGCUGUGAAGCAGCUGUUUCCAGAGUUUGAGUUCAUGUGGUUGGUGGAUGAAGCCAAGAAGAACCUGCCUUUGGAGUUGGAUUUCCUCAAUGAGGGAAGGAACGCUGAGAAAGUGGCCCAAAUGCUGAAGCACUUUGACUUCUUAAAGGUCCCCCGCAUCUACUGGGAGCUGUCCACCAAGCGGGUGCUUCUGAUGGAGUUUGUGGACGGCGGGCAGGUCAACGACAGACACUACAUGGAGCGGAACAAGAUCGACGUCAACGAGAUCUCGCGUCACCUGGGCAGGAUGUACAGCGAGAUGAUCUUCGUCAACGGCUUCGUGCACUGUGACCCCCACCCAGGCAAUGUGCUGGUGCGGAAGCGGCCGGACACGGGAAAGGCGGAGAUUGUCCUGUUGGACCACGGACUGUACCAGGCGCUCACGGAAGAGUUCCGCCUGGACUACUGCCGCCUCUGGCAGUCGCUGAUCUGGACCGACAUGCAGAGAGUGAGGAAGUACAGCCAGCGCCUGGGAGCCGGCGACCUCUACCCCUUGUUCGCCUGCAUGCUGACGGCCCGGUCCUGGGACGCGGUCAACAGGGGCAUCGGCCAGACUCCCGUCACCGCCACAGAGGACUCAGAGAUCCGCAACCACGCGGCCAACUACCUCCCCCAGAUCAGUCAGCUCCUCAACCGCGUGCCGCGCCAGAUGCUGCUCAUCUUCAAGACCAACGACCUCCUGCGAGGCAUCGAGGCCGCCCCGGGCAUCCGCGCCAGCGCCAGCUCCUUCCUCAACAUGUCGCGAUGCUGCAUCAGGGCACUGGCCGCGCACAAGAAGCAGAAGACCCGUUCACUCUUCAGAAGGGCCCGGAUCUCUCUCAGGGAGGCCUUCAGCUUAUGGAAGAUCAACCUUCACGAGCUCGUUCUGCACGUGAAGGGGCUGAGGCUCACCGGCUGGGUCUGGGCUCUGCUCUGCUGGCUGCUGCCUGCUCCGCACUGAGUGGACUCGCUGCCCCCUGCCCGGCGGUGGCCCCUGCCGUGGCCGAGGGGUCUCUUCACCCCCCACUCUUCCGUUGUGUCUCCACCGCUUGCCCCGCUCCUGCCCCGCGGAGCCCCGCGAUCCCUGUCCGUGGCAUCGUCAUGCUCCGCCUCUGGAAGUCCUCUCCCGUGAGGCCCGCGUCUCGGGGCCCCAGGCCGUGUCCCAGGAAGGUUUCUGUCCGUUCCCAGGGAGAAGGCAUGGCAGUCUGCUUUCCCGCUCCCCGUCUGUGCCUUUGGGUUGGACACCCGCCCCACCUGCUUCUGUUCACCUUUCUGGUGGUCAGGAUGGACCAUGGAGCCCACUGAAGGCAUGUUUAACUCGCCAGACGUUUGGUUUUUCUGCAGAGGAGCCUGGUCCCUGAACUGCUGGAGAGGAGGUUUCUCUCUUUGCGCCGUCCCUGCCCGGAGGUGCCGACCUUCCCGGGCUGGCUCGGCCCCCGAGCCAGGUUCUGUUGCAGCUGUGAGUUCACGGCUGUCAUGGUGACCCCUUUGGUGACUUUAUGUACUGUGAUUCAAUAAAAACCACUUCAGGGCUUCAGGGCAAGAGCGUGGUCAGCGGGCCAUUUUUUCCAGGUUGGGAGUGAGUCCACUCAGGCCACGAGGAAGCAGCAGUAACAAAUUUCCUGUUUUGGUUUCUGAUCCUGAUUAAAUUCCUGGUCCAUUGCCUUGCAUAAGCAGCUCCAAGGGCUCCAGGAGGCCCCUGCUCGGUGCACGCGUGUCUGGAAUAUUUACUCGUAUGGACAAUCCACGCUGACUCCGGAGCUGGUCCCUGGCUCCUGCAGAAGGGUCUGUGAGGACCAGGAGGUCAGCCAGAAACAUGCAGCUGUAUCUUUUAUUUCUUCCUGAGUAUAUAGAAGAAAUAGGCAGCACUUUUCUACUCAGAAAGUCAUUCCACAAGGACCUGGCAUAGCAGGCCUGAUUACCCCAGUCAUGCAACCGGAAGAGGGAGGCUCAAUAUAGGUAAGUACCUUGCUCAUGAGCAAGGGAUAGAGCAGAAAUCUGUGCUUUCUUUCUAGAACUUCUCUGAUACUUACCAUCUUUGCUGUUCCUUGGGCUCAUGUCACCUGAUGGCGUUAUUUCACUACUCUACAGCCUUACGUCUGGCCACACCACCUAAAUCGUAAGAUCCCUGACGGCAGGGAUCGGGUCUUGUUUGCUGGCUCCACUGUAAUCAUCACUACACAGGCCCAUGGCACUCAGCAUCGGGUGAGGCAGUUCAUAAAUCUUAAACAAACCC